AUGGAUAAUCCAACAUGGAGGUUUAGCCAAUGUUUUGGCGAUAAAGGCGAUAUAGAAAAUAUCACAGAGGCUGACAUAAUUUCUACUGUGGAAUUUGACGAUACAGGGGAAUAUUUAGCUACAGGUGAUAGAGGAGGUAGAGUUGUUCUGUUCGAACGAAAUGAAAAUAAAAAAAAUUGUGAAUAUCGUUUUUACACAGAGUUUCAGAGUCAUGAUGCCGAGUUUGACUACCUUAAAUCGUUAGAAAUUGAGGAGAAGAUUAACAAGAUCAAGUGGCUAAAGAGAUCUAAUAGCUCCAAGUUUCUUCUCUCGACUAAUGAUAAAACAAUCAAACUCUGGAAGGUUUUUGAGAAGCAAAUAAAGGUUGUUCAAGAGAACAAUAUGAUAGACUUCAAAAAUACAGUUACCCACAGAGACGUGGAUUCAAAUGGAGUACAUACAGAUUCUUCUUAUACAUCAUUGUCAAACGAAAUCUCAGAAUCCACUAAUGUUGGACCGGCCGCAAGCGUAGCAUCACAGCUUUCGUCAUUUCAGUCGAAUUCUGAUUUUGUAUCAUCCGAAAAUGAUAGUGGCGGUAAUGCAGAUGCUUCGACAUUUAAUGAUGAUGGUAUCAUAAGAAAUAAAUUCGAUGCAGAAAGUGAGAAGCAGAUGGAUAGUUAUUUUAAAUCAGUUUCAAAUCUAAAACUUCCGAGACUCACGGUUCAUGACACAAUAACAGCCGCACAGCCAAAAAAGAUCUAUGCUAACGCUCAUGCGUACCACAUUAAUUCAAUUAGUGUGAAUUCUGAUGAAGAAACGUUCAUAUCCGCAGAUGAUCUUCGAAUCAACUUGUGGAAUUUGGCUGUUGCCGGCCAAUCGUUCAACAUUGUUGACAUAAAACCGGUUAAUAUGGAAGAAUUGACAGAGGUUAUAACAUCCGCGGAAUUCCAUCCAAUAGAUUGCAAUCUGUUUAUGUAUGCAUCGUCGAAGGGCCUCAUAAAGCUGAAUGAUAUGAGAGUUAAUUCCCUUUGCGAUAAUCAUGCAAGGGUCUUUGAAGAGUAUGUUGAUCCCUCGAAUCAUAACUUUUUUACAGAAAUAACAUCAUCUAUAUCAGAUGUCAAGUUCUCUCCUAACGGACGAUAUAUAGCCAGUCGCGACUACAUGACCGUCAAAAUUUGGGAUAUUAACAUGGAAACAGAGCCUGUCAAGACUAUCAACAUUCAUGAACAAUUGAGAGACAGGUUGUGUGAUACAUACGAAAAUGACGCUAUCUUCGAUAAGUUUGAGGUGCAAUUCAGUGGUGACUCCAAGUCUGUGAUGACAGGCUCGUAUAAUAACAACUUCAUGAUAUACGAAAACAGUGUGACACCAGAGUGUAACUCUGAGACGGAGUCGGAAAACAGCGUCAUUCUGCAAGCGGAUAAGUCCGCAUUCAAAACCAAGAGAAUGGGUUCCACUAAACGUAAGAAUCUCUCUAUGGCACAUAAGAUGGACUUUGACAAUAUCGACUUCAAGAAGGCCAUUCUCCAUUUGAGCUGGCAUCCACAGGAGAAUACUGUAGCAAUUGCUGCUACCAACAAUCUAUAUAUAUUUUCGGCACAUUGA